AUGAAGCACUACAGAGCAGGGAAUCGCGCGCAAUUAUUUUCUCCAAUCCCCAGCUUCUACCCCUCACCAGCUGCUACCCCUCCUCCAGCUGCUACCCCUCUCCUCACCCAGCUGCUAUCCCUCUACUCACCCACGUGCUACCCCUCUCCGCACUCAGCUGCUACCCGUCUCCCCCCCUGCUACCCCUCUCAUCACCCAGCUGCUAACCCUCCCCCCCCCCAGCUGCUAGCCCUCACCUCACCCAGCUGCUACUACUCUCCUCCAGCUGCUAACCCUCUCACCCCAACUGCUACCUCUCUCAUCACCCAGCUGCUACCCCUCUUCCCUCAGCUGCUGCCCCUCUCCCCCCAGCUGCUAACCCUCUCCUCACCCUGCUACCCCUCUCCCCCCAGCUGCUACCCUUCUCCCCCCAGCUGCUACCCCUCUCCUCACCCAGCUGCUACACCUCUCCCCCCAGCUGCUACCCCUCUCCUCACCAGCUGCUACCCCUCUCCGCACCAAGCUGCUACCCCUCUCAUCACCCAGCUGCUAUCCCUCUCCUCACCCAGCUGCUACCUCUCCCCUGACCCAGCUGCUACCCCUCUCUCCCCCAGCUGCUACCCCCUCUUCUCACCCAGCUGCUACCCCUCUCCUCACCCAGCUGCUACCCCUCUCUCCCCUAGCUGCUACCCCACUCACAUCCCAGCUGCUACCACUCUCCUCACCCAGAUGCUACCCCUCUCACCUCAGCUGCUACCCCUCUCCUCGCCCAGCUGCUACCCCUCUCUCCCCCAGCUGCUACCCCUCUCCCCCCAGCUGCUAUCCCUCUCUCCCGAGCUGCUACCCUUCUCCUCACCCAGCUGCUACCCCUCUCUUUCCAGCUGCUACCCCUCUCCUUACCCAGCUGCUACCCCUCUCCUCACCCUGCUGCUACCCCUCUCCUCAACCAGCUGCUACCCCUCUCCUCCAGCAUAUACCUCUCUCCUCCAGCUUCUUCCCCUCUCUCACCCAGCUCCUACCCCUCUCGCAACCCCCCCCCCCCCCCUACUGCUACCCCUCUCCUCACCCAGCUGUUACCCCUCUCCUCACCCAGCUGCUACCCCUCUCCUCACCCAGCUGCUACCCUUCUCCUCACCCAGCUGCUGCCUCUCUCUCCACCAGCUGCUACCCCUCUCCUCACCCAGCUGCUUCCCCUCUCCCCCCCCCCCCCAGCUGCUGCCUCUCUCUCCACCAGCUGCUACCCCUCUCCUCACCCACCUGCUACCCUUAUUUCCCCCAGUUGCUACUCCUCUCCCCCAGCUGCUACCCCUCCGAAAACCCUCAAACUUGGCCAUUAAAUUUGACGACACUGACUUGUAUGAUUGA